AUGGCGGGCGCGGCCACCGCAUCGUAUUCCGCCGAUGUUUGGACCUCGUCCGGCACUGUAGACGCGACUCCGCCUUCUCAGUGGGACUAUGCCGUCCCAAGCACAAACCGCGCCAACCGUCGUUCGAAAUCCCGCUCGUCCUACGACUCCACCCAUGCCCGAUCCCGGCGGAACUCCAAGGGUUCUCGCAGCUCAUCCCUCUCAAGACAUGCCUACGCCCACGAGUCUGGAUACGUCAACUCCCGCGGACGGCACGACGCCAGCCUGUCCCGCCGUGGAAGCGAACGAAGUGUGCGCAGUCGGAGUGUGGGGAAUGUGCGCGAUUCGGUGGACACGCAGAAUGCGCCCCUGCGACGAGGCGACAUGAAGGACGGCAUCGGAGUGUUCUUGGAUGAAUCGGACAGCGAGAAUUGGAUCCAUCGCGAUAAGCUGGCGAAGAUUGAGAGCGAGGAGCUGCAACAAGCGGCCAUUCUCUUCCACCGUCGCGGCCUCGAGAACGGCCGGACGAGCCGGCGCAACCAUGACCUGCACAGCAGUGCGAUGAGCGUCACCUCUGCCCGCACCGAGCAGACCGAGCCUUGGCCCAACUUGCACGAAGACCACCGUGAGUUCACCGGAUCCCCGACUCCGUAUGACGAUGAUGCCCCCGAUGAACGGAGAAACUGGGAUCUCCGCCGGCCGGAGGAGAUCGCCGCGGACGUAGCAGAAGAUAACGCGUCGCACUUUUACCGCAACCCAGGUCUUCGGAAGAGCUCUUCUCGCAUCCCCAUCCCGACCUCCAGCCCGGCCCCGAUGUCGCCGGAGCACUUUGGUCGAGAGUCUUCCGGACAACGCUCUCGGGCCACGACCAAUGAGGACGACGCUAUGUCCACCGGUAAGCCGCGUAGAGCCAGUGAACCGAUCACGGUCGAUUCGACAGAUGCUAGCACCCCACCCGGGAGCACCAGUAGGCCGGUCAGCCGUGGACUGCAGUCUCACCCGACCUCCAAGAAGACGGGUGUCCGGGGGACUGCCACCCGCAAGACCUCGGCACCCCCGACGACCCGGAAGACCACCCCUCGAAACCGCGCGGUCUCUGGGAAUGGCAACCAGCGGCCGACAACCCGGUCUGGCGAGACCCGUCCCACUACCGCCGUUAACCGUCCCGAGGGCGAUCCGCCGUGGCUGGCCACGAUGUACAAGCCGGACCCGCGUCUGCCUCCGGAGCAACAGAUGCUGCCCACGCAUGCGAAGAAGAUGCAGCAGGAGCAGUGGGCCAAGGAGGGCAAGACGCCGACGGCAUAUGAUCGUGAGUUUGCGCCUCUGGCCAUCGGACCGGACGGGCCUCCCCGCGUGGAACCCAAGGAAGAAAAGAAGGACGAUGACGCUCCUGCUGCUGACGAAAAACCGCAACCACUGCCUGCGUCCCCACAACCUCCCACCCAGGCCGACAGCACGAAGAUGGCGGAACCUGGCACCCGGCCGGGCACCAGCUCAGGAUACAGCCCGAUGCCCCGACUGCAGGAGCCGCCGCAGGCGGGACUGACGCCGCGGUGGAGUCCGCCGGUGAAUUCGAUCAGCUAUGGUUAUUAUACUUUCAUAUUCCGCCGUCUGUUCGGGUCCUUUGCCGGCCCCCCUCGCGAUCUGACCAUGUCCGUGGAAAAGGCCCAGAAGAUCAUCGACGAGAACGCCGUGGCGGUGUUCUCCAAGUCGUACUGCCCCUACUGCAAGGCCAGCAAGGAUCUGCUGAACUCGUUCGAUGCGAAGUUCACCACCGUCGAGCUCGACAAGGAGAGCGACGGCAGCGCCAUUCAGGACGCUCUGCAGGAGAUCACCGGCCAGCGCACCGUGCCCAACAUCUUCAUCAACAAGAAGCAUAUUGGCGGGAACUCGGAUCUGCAGGCGAAGAAGAAUGAGCUGGAGGCGUUGUUGAAGGAGGCCGGUGCUAUCUAG